GAGUUUCUGUUUGCCCCGUUCGGCGGCUGCCGCCAUCAUGGAGCCGCAGCCCGACAGCCUGGAGGGGUGGGUAGCUGUCCGCGACACCGCCUUCGCCGAGCCUCAGCCGCCGCCGCGCCUCCGCUUCCUGGUGGGCUGGAACGAGGCGGAGGGCGCCUUCGCCGUCACCUGCCACUGCCGGGCCGAGACGGCGGAGCGGGCCCCGCAGAGCUGGGCAGGCCUCUUCUCGGCGCCGGCCCUGCGCGGCGUCCACCGGCAGCUGGCGGCCGUCUGCCCGCGCCUGGAGCCCGCAUUGCCCGCGCUGCCGCCCGCGCUGCCCGGCGCUUCGGGCGGGCUCUGGGCCGUGCUGUUCCCCAGCGGCCCGGCUCCGAGCGAGGCCGAGGUGGCGGAGCUGUGCCGACAGCUGGAGCGCUACCUGGGCUGGGCGCUGGAGCUGUGCGGCGGCCGCGUGCUGCUGGACGUCCUCUUCGCCGCCGACCGCCGCGACGACGAAUACUUCGAGAGCCUCCACGAGUUCCGCGGGAAGGCCCUGCACGGCCACCUGGCCCGGGCCAAGGAGGCCCUGCGGCGGGUUCUUCAGCAGCAUAAAAACGCUGACACAAUGGUGGCUUUGAUGAAGGUUUAUGAGGAAGAAGACGAAGCUUAUCAGGAUUUGGUUACCAUGGCAACACAGUUCUACCAGUACUUGCUGCAGCCCUUCCGAGACAUGCGGGAACUGGCAACACUGUGCAAACUGGAAAUCCUGAAAUCUUUACAGUAUGAUAACCUGGGACCUAAAAGAGUAGCAGCUUUGCAAAAAGAUGCUGAAGAAUGGACUAAGCGAGCUGAGAGUGCUGUGUGCUCCAUCCAGGAUAUAACUGUGAAGUACUUCAAGGAAACGGUGAAGGCUCUGUCAGCAAUGCACAAGCAGAUGGAACAAGACCAGGAAAGAUUUGGUAAAGCCACCUGGGCUUCAGCUUUGCCACGACUAGAAAACCUGAAAUGUAUGUUGGCUAAAGAGACCCUUCAGCAUCUGAGGGCAAGAGAGUUAUGCCUGAAACAGAAGAGAGCUGCUAUUCAGAAAAAUAUGGAGAACCUCAAUGAACAAGAAGAGAAUGUAACUGUGGCAGAGGAGCUAGAAAUAUAUUAUUAUGAAACCCAAUUGGAAUUAUAUAAUGUACAGCUUGAUGUAUUGAAACACGAAGAAAUGCUGCUUAUUGUACAGCUGGACACUUUGAGGAGACAGAUUAAAGAGAAACAGGAUGAAGUUGUUUACUAUGAUACAUGUGAAAAUCCUGAGGAGCUCAAGGUCAUUGAACAGACAAUGGAACACCAUUACGCUAACUUGUCAGAAAUGACGGUGCUGAGGCAGAAGACUAAGCAGUUGGAGACAAAGCGUGGGACUGUCUGUGCGAGGAGAGCCUACCUCAGGAACAAAAAAGAUCAGUGUGAAGCAAGCCAUCGGCAGAGACUCCAACAAGCAGAAGAGUGGAAAAAACGUUUCCAACAGCAUCACAGCAUACAAAUAAAAAGAGACAAGAAAAAAGAGGAAGAGAAAAAGAAAAAAGCUUGGAUAAGCCAGGAACGUCAGAAAACACUCGAGAGACUGAAGACAUUCAAGGAAGUAAGUAGUAAGUGCCCGGCUCACGUUGUGCUGAAAACAUCUCAUCCAGAGCCUCUUAGUCCCAGAUUGCCACGAAACAUCACUCAGAAGGCUGCAGUAGCACGUCCUCCUCCUCAAUCAAGAGCAAGGCUAGCACCAGAGCAGCCAAAGAGCUUGCUGCUAGUAGAAGCACAAGUAUCAGAAAAUUCACAACAGAAUACCCCAGCAGAUAUCUCUGACCAAAGUUUUAUUACUGCUGGUGAUUUGAAGCAACAAAAGCACAGCAAGGAGUUGGUCUCUCCAUCCUUACCUCCUCCACCACCUCCACCUCCUCCGCCUGCUCCACCACUACCUCCUCCUUUACCUCUGCAUUUAAAGACAGCACCAACAAUAGAGGACAAACCACUUCCCCUUAGCUCGGAUGACCCUUCAGAAAGCCCUGCACUGCACAAACAGGAUGACUCAUCCAGGAGGUCUAUAAAUAAUUGCAUAGGCACGAUGGAUGAGGUGUUGGCUUCUCUAAAACGUGGUGAAGUUCAUCUUCGCAAAGUGGAACAGCCAAAUCCAUAUGCCUCUGUGAAAGACAACAUCCUCUCUGCCAUAAGGCAAGGAGUUAAAUUAAGAAAAGUGAAUAGAGAUACUGAGAAAGAUGUCAGUAAAGAAUCUACUAAUGAGCUAGAAAGAAGCAUUAAAGCAGUCAUCCAGAGAAUUAAGAAAGUGUCUGCUGAUUCUGAAGAAGAGGAAAAUAAUGAUCAGAAUAAUGGAGAAUGGGACAGCUAACCAAUUUAGAGUAACAGACUACAGACUGGAACAGUAUUGGUCUCAUUUUUGCACAUCAUAGAAGAGUGCCUUUCAAAAUGAAAGAACAGUGAGAUUGUGUGUGUGCCUGUGUGUGUGUUCUUCUUCAAGUGCACAAAUGUUUGUAGAGUUAAAGGGUCCUGUUGAUUUUCUGCAGGAGCUGCAGAUUCUUAUUUUUGCAUGAAAUGUCAUACUCCAACAUAUACUUGCAUUAACAGCUAUUUCUGGCUCAAUGCUAUGUAGCUUUCACCACUUCCGAAAAUAGUUAAAAUACUGGAUAUACUGGAUUGAAACAUACAUUAUCUAGGUUGUUACUCCACAGUAGCACUAUCACAAAAACUUCCUGGGAGUGAAAAAUGAAAUGAAAAUCUAUUUUGUCACCUGUGGUCAUAAAGGCAGUCUAGCAAACUUGGCAUAGUUUGGUACCUCAUCUUCCUACUUCUGUUGUCUAGAAAUUUCUCAGACAUUUUGCUUGUCUAAACAGUCUGCUCUCAGAUAACUGCACCGGAUACUCCUCUUACCAUUAUGUUGUGAGGUGUGCACUUAAGAAAGAGCCUGGCAGUGCUGAUUGGGGAAGAUUGCUAUCGACUUUGAGAUAACCACUACUGUGGUAAUUACUGAAAAGUUUACUUUUUAGCUGGAAGCUGGGAGUGUUUCUAGAUGAAAAGUGUUUCUCCUACAUCUACAGUUUUACUGAAGCAGUGGCAGAGAGGAAAGCCAAAAUGUUGUACAGAAUAUUUUCUUGAAUAUAGCCCUGUACUACAGAGCUGUGUUACUCCAAUGACAACGUAAGUAUAUGUUUAUAGCUCCUCUCAUAAGUUUAAAUUAUCUGAUAAACAGUACUUAAUUGCAUUGUCCCUGGAACCUGCCUCCUUAGAAACUCAACUACAUUACAGUUAAAGAUUGUUGCUACUUUGAGUAGAUGGUGACGAAAAUGAUUCAAAAUGUCUUCUGGAAUUUACACUGACCAUUAAUAAAAAUAGAUCCGGACGGCA